AUGCGUUCGCCUUUCCUCAUCCCUAUCCUCCUCGCUAUCCCUUCCGCUCUGGCAUCACCUUCACCCUGUACCGCCGCAACGAUCCAAUGUCCACUCAUCUUCGACGGCCGCGUCCCCGCCAAAGCGACACCUCAAGACUUUGACACGGCCCUCGGCGGUGGGUGGAAUCCGUAUAAUCCAGACUACGUGAAGGGCGCGAACUUGUCCUGGUCGGAUAUCAUCCUCCUGCCGGGCCCGGCUCCGGUCUCCACUCGGCCCGGGUCACGGUCCUCCCGCUUCGAUGUCGCGGAGAGGAAGCGUCCUCUCGAGGUCACGAUUUCCGAUGCGAGUGUCUUCAUGAACCAGCGAGGCUUCCGGCGCGCGGGAUUGUUGUUUGCGGAGGAUACGAAUGAGGGGAGUCCUGCGGGGGAGGGGGUGAAGACGUUGCAUUUUAGUGCGAGGUCGGAUUUGGAGAGGCCGUUGAAUCUGACGCACGAGUAUCUUAAUGUCUGGCACGAGACGGCGGCGUAUGAUGCGAAUCAGUUCAAUUUCCAGACCGGCACCAUCAUCGGCCAGCCGGAGUUACCAAAAGACACGUACAAGCUGUUGGGUCGGGAUAAUAAGCUGCUCUGGUCGACGCCGAUGGCGAUGGACGGGUCGUGGCAGAACUUUGCGCUCACGUUGGACUUUUUGAACAAUACGAUCCAGAUAUGGUACUCUGCAGGCAACAACCCGCUCGCGAGGCAGGGUGGUGUCGUCCCGGUUGAUCUCGCCGGCGACGGGCAGUACCAGAUUGGCAUCUUGAAGAAGCCCACGGGUACCGAUGACGUGGUGAACUCGGGGUAUCAAUCCAGUAACCUGAACGAGGGUCUGAUUUACGGUGGGAUCUUUAUUGAAGAUAGCGCCAAUGGUUGUGUGUCCAUCUAA